AUGGCUCCACACAUCUCGUCCGCCAAGAUCACCCUUUCCUGUCCGCUCUUCGCGGCCGAUUUCGACCCCCGCAACAAUGGCUUUCUCCUCGUCGGGGGUGGCGGAGGGGAGGGCCGCAGCGGUGUCGGAAACAAGAUCGCGCUUUUGAACACGUCGAAACGGAACGAGAUUUCCGAAGUCGUGGACAUCGAGCUGUCGCGAGAUGAGGAUUCCGUCACGUCGCUGGCAGUCGCGCUGGCCGAUGAUGAGUCGAUCGUUGCCCUGGCCGGCAUCAACAGCUCCCAGGCUGAACAGCAGCGGGGAAACAACCAGCAUCUGAGAUCGUUCCGGCUGGAAUACCCGCCGCGGAAAUCCGCCGAUCAUGCAGAUGGCGAAAAGCCGCAAGAAGAAAAACGCCCGAGGACGACGACGGCAUUAUCCCGGACGUCACUGUUCAAGAAUAUCCAGAAACCCAAGCCUGGCGAAAAGAUCGAUACGUAUCAGAGGCUGUUGCGGUUGUCGCCAUGGAGAGGUGCUGAUGCCCCUCGGAUCGCUGCGAUCGCAACCGGGCUGGCUCCAUCCGGCGAGAUUGUGCUGUUCAACGUGACCGCGA